AUGGCUCCAUCGAUCGUUGCCUCAAAUGGUGCCUCCAAUAAUGAACAUGUCCUCGUGACCGAGCCUUCGAAAAGCCAUGCGAAGGAUGUCUACAGCUCUGGCACCCUGAAGGGCGAAGACAACAACAAUCAACGUCUCGGCGGGAUGGGUCGAGCCAAGGAUGGCCGCCAGCUCAAAGUCCGCUCGUAUCCAAAGUUCGAUUCUCUCGAGGAGGAGCGGCUGUACCGGAAGCAACAUCUCGCCGCUGCGUACCGUGUGUUCGCCAACUGUGUCUACGAUGAGGGUGUUGCAGGACAUAUCAGCGUGCGAGACCCGAUCUUGACCGAUCACUUCUGGUUGAAUCCAUUGAGCAAGCACUUCUCCGAGAUCUGCGUCAGCGACUUGAUCUUGGUCGACGAGGACGGUCAAGUCGUCGUCGGGGAUGAGCCGAUUAAUGUGGCAGCCUUUGCUAUCCAUUCCGAAAUUCACAAGGCACGUCCCGAUGUCCACGCAGCGUGCCACGCACACUCCAUAUAUGGGAAGGCUUUCUUGGUGUUUGGACGAAAGCUUGAUAUAAUGACACAAGAUAGCACGCGUUUUUGGAAGAGCCACUCGGUCUAUCCGCAGUUUGGCGGCGUCGUCUUCGAUCGGGAAGAAGGGAAGAGAAUCGCGCAGCAUCUUGGAGAUGGCAAAGCCAUUAUCCUGCAGAACCAUGGGCUUCUGACUGUCGGAGAGACGGUUGACGCUGCUGCGUUCUACUUCAUCUCCAUGGAUAAGGCAUGCCAGGUACAGCUCCUGGUCGAGGCCGCCGAGCAGCGCAGCGGGCACAAGAAGACGAUCGUCUCGGACGAGGAGGCCGAAUACUCGUACGCCCAAACCGGCUCGCAGGCAAAGGGCUGGCUGCACUUCCAGCCAUACUACGACCAAAUUCUUGCGAAAACCAAGAGAAGUUUUCUCAGGUAA